UCGGAAUUGGGAAUUACACAACCAAAAUGGCGACGGCGGCGUUACGAAAAGUUCCACUCUUACUCCGGCAGUCCCGGCAAAAUGGGUCCUUAUUGUGUCAAAAGGCAAACAUGUCAGCCUUUUCUGGGAUUUCUACCGGCAAAAAAGCAAUGUUGGGCACGCUGGGCCUGUUGGCCGCAGGUGGGGCUGGCGUGGUAGCCACAUUACACAUGUCCGUCAAUGCCGAGGAGUACGAACUUCACCCACCCAAACACCCCUGGAACCACAAGGGAUUGUUCAGUUCGUUCGACCAUGCCAGUCUUCGCCGGGGCUACCAGGUCUACAAGGAGGUGUGCUCGGCCUGCCAUAGCAUGAAGUACCUGGCCUUCAGGAACCUGGUGGGCGUGACCCACACGGAGGACGAAGCCAAGGCCCUGGCCGAGGAGUAUAUGUUCCAAGAUGGGCCCGACGAGUCGGGUGAAUACUUUGAGCGUCCUGGUAAGCUGUCCGAUUACUUCCCCAAACCGUAUUCCAACGAUGAAGCAGCCAGGGCAGCCAAUCAGGGAGCACUGCCGCCGGAUUUGAGUUACAUCGCCCUCGCUCGCCACGGCAAUGAGGACUACCUCUUCUCCUUACUGACUGGCUACUGCGAUCCUCCGGCCGGUGUGGACGUCCAGGAUCCGUUGUAUUACAACCCGUACUUCCCCGGCCAGGCCAUCGGUAUGGCGCCGGCGCUGUACAACGAGAUCAUCGAGUAUGAAGACGGCACUCCUGCGACACUCAGUCAGUUGGCCAAGGACGUAUCGACCUUCCUGCGAUGGGCCGCCGAACCAGAGCAUGACCAGCGCAAAAGAAUGGGUCUUAAGGCGCUGAUGAUCCUGUCCCUGCUACUCGGCGCCUCCUACUACGUGAAACGGCAGAAGUGGUCGGUGCUGAAGUCGCGGAAGAUCGCCUACCGCGCCCCCAGCCAUUGAUGUUAGGAACCCCCCCCGCUCAUGUUUGUUGGGCAACAGAGAAAAUUAGAAUUUUUUGGAAGGGGCACAAAUCUCUAAUAUUUCAAGUGGGAAUUUAUGCAAGGGUGACUUAUUAAAUUCGUUAUCCACCCUCGGAAGAGUAGAGUUGACUAAAUUGAAACAAAGUCCUUUUCAAUGUUGAGAGUAGAGAUUUGCGACUUACUCUAAAAGUGGCGUUAUUUUUCAUACAGUACCCCCGAAGUGUCCAUUAAUAAUUUUAAAAAUUGACAAUUUUUUUUUUUUUCAGUCUUCAACUUUGCAACUGUGAUGAGUUUUUAAAAAGAUUGUGUGUCUAAACUGGUUGCAGAUCUUGAACCCCGUAUUGAAACUACCUAGAAAAUGUGAAAGCGCCCUCUAGUGGAUUUAGCAUGUCACAAGGUUAGGACAAGUUAUUUGAUAAGAGUUUGGAAAUGGUGGGCAUGUAAAAAAUGUUACAAAAUCCUCUCUAAAACACGUCAUUGAUUUUGAUCAGUCCGAGUUUGUUGUCUUCUGGGGCCUUAGGUAUUUAUUUCCUGUGAUAACACGAACUCCUGCUUUAUUUGUUGGAAUGCCGUUUUUAUUUCUGAAAAAAAGAUUCUGCUUGGGUUGAAGUGUCAGGGCCCCGAACUUUCUCAGUUUUGUCGGCAUGUCACAUUUUUUACGACAAUUUAUGCUGUCUUCAUAAUGCACCAUGUUCAGGCGCCACUUGUAAAUAUUGCAGAAGUGGCUGAAUAAAAGGCCUUUUUAGAGCAUAAUGCCCUGUUUGGAAAGGGGCAGUGAAAUCGAAAGCUUCAGAAUUAUCAGAAUGUAAGCUCUGCCUGGGCUUUUUUAGACCAUAUAAAGACUCUCUUGCAGAUUUUAAUGGAAUGUGUAAAUACACGUAGUGUGUAGGACUUUGAAGCCCUCCGUCUAUUAACUGUUGUCAAAGUGUUUGAUUCCACGAUUUCUGGUACUUUUGUUUCUUGAUUAUUAGCGUAAAGUCAAACAUACAAACAUGGGUCAGAAUUCUGAAUAAGACUCACACUGGUUGCUCCAAAACAGGCUUUAGUUGUGUGCAUAACUUAUUGACCUCAAGAGACUAGAUGACCACAACUUAAGAAUGACCACCCUCGUACCUUCAAGUGUUGAAUGUUCAAUAAAACUAGUGUUCAAGUAAAUAGUGGAUUUGAUUUUUCUGAUGUUUACAAGCUUUUCCGUAAAAAAAAAAUUAGGGAAAUUCAAUAUGAAAUUCCCUCAAACGUCACAAAUGAAAAAAUAUACUGAUUGUUUAACACAACA